AUGGAGAAGCCUGGCGAUGCAAGCGAUAUAGGGGCGUCUGCUUCCUUCACGCCUCGAUAUGAAUGGAUGCAGAACGCGGAGAAGAUCUUCAUAACAUUUUUUGUGAAAUUUUUGCAACCAUCGGAUGUGAAUGUGGAGAUUUCUUCUGAAAGUCUUAAAGUACAAAUCAGAAACCCAGCUAUAAACAAAGAAGCAACACAAGAAAAACAACAAAAUUUCGUUUUUCUUGUAUCGAAACUCCGCCAUGAAAUACAACCAGAACAUUCAUCUUUUGCAAUUCACAACACGAAACUUGAAGUGGUUCUAUCGAAGAAAGAAACAGGAGAAACGUGGGCGGCGCUAGAAGCAGUGAAGCAGGAUGAGGAGCAGCAGCAGCAGCAGCAGCAGCAGAAUGCUGCAGCACGAGUUUAUCCUUCAUCUAAGAAGAAGAUCGAUUGGAACAAAAUGGAAAAGGAGAUAGCAGCAGAACUUGAAUCUGAACAGCUUGAAGGGGAGCAGGCGCUGCAGAAACUUUUCAGAGAUAUCUAUGGCCGCGGCGAUGAAGACACCCGAAGAGCGAUGAUUAAGUCUUUCCAAACGUCAGGAGGAACCGUUCUAUCAACGAACUGGGCAGAUGUGAAAGACAAAGAUUAUGAAAAGACCCUAGAGGCCCCUGAAGGCCAAGAAGUUCGUUCUUGGAAUGCAUAG